GAGCGCAAGUCCCGGAGGCUUCUGGGUAGCGAAUUACUCCCGCCCCCAGCACCGGCGCCUUCCUUUCCGUCCCUGACGCCGCCGAGGUCGCACGCGCGAGGCUGCUCUGCCGCCGCUGAGAUGCGUUACGUUGCCUCCUACUUGUUGGCCGCCCUCGGGGGCAAUUCCUCCCCCAGCGCCAAGGACAUCAAAAAGAUCCUGGACAGCGUGGGCAUCGAGGCAGACGACGACCGGCUCAACAAGGUCAUCAGUGAGCUCAACGGAAAGAACAUUGAGGACGUCAUUGCCCAGGGUAUCGGCAAGCUGGCCAGUGUGCCUGCUGGCGGGGCUGUGGCCGUCUCUGCUGCCCCCGGAUCGGCAGCACCCGCUGCGGGCUCUGCUCCCGCCGCAGCGGAGGAGAAGAAGGAGGAGAAGAAGGAAGAGUCGGAGGAGUCAGAUGACGACAUGGGCUUUGGCUUGUUUGACUAGAGUCCCUCUCCUUUGCAAAUAAAACCCUUUUUAUGUA